AUGGAUGGAGACGGGACUAUCGCAAGAAACUGGGUAGCCUCCUGGACGUUUCAACACCAUCACAACAUUGGUACGCAAUUAUCCCAAAGUCGCGAUGGUCAAAGAGACGAGUUCGAGCCAUGCGAUGCGUCAACUUGCGCACUUCAAACUUUCCUUCACAAGCAUGCGGUUCGCCUUCAAAAGCUGGCAAUCACCUACGGUGCUGUCAUCGACCGGCUAGUCGGGAUCUACGAUGUGACUGGCCGCGCGGCUGAAGACGUGGUCCCGACAUUUUCCAAUGAAACAAUUUCAGAAUUUCAGCGAUUUAGAAUGGUUCCAAAGGCUUCGUUCGGUGUUUUGGGCGUUUUAGCGCUCGCUUCUGGUGUCGCGAGCAGCCAUGAACGAAUCCAGCCAGAGCACGAGUAUGCCAGCGAGAGGGCGUAUAUGGUUUUCAAUGCGAUCCAUUCCGCAGGUCGAGAAUGGGGUUCUGCCCUGUACCAUAAUGGAUUUGGCUUCUUUCCAGCUACUGUACCCGAAGGCGCCCUGUUUUACCACGGUUCUCAACGAAACGUAACACCGACUGAGCCCGAGUGGUUGGCUUUUGAUAUCGAACACGCCGAAAACUUCGCGCGAUCUUUCAAGUAUCGGCCUGGCGGAAAGCACCCUGGAGGGCCCCCAGGACCUCCUCCUCCUGGCAAAAAGAAGCCAGAUGUGGAUCAGGGACAGACUGGGGAGGAAGAAGGCCGUCAGGAAUUACGACGUCGCAGCGAGGAUAUCAAGACCGGCAAUAGCAACGAUCCGUUGGAUAAGGUUGCUGACACAAAAGGGGAUGACAACCCUGGCGUCGUGAGAGGUUACCUUCACACAUACCAGACAAAUCGUGACCUCAAAGUUCUGGUGAUUGAUGGUAUGAGUGCUGGAAAAACUGACAUGGGCACACUCGAUUCACAAGAUCUGGUCCUCCGCGAGAACAACACCAAUAGGGGAAGUUUCGAUGAAUGGAACCGAGCUCGUGAUUUGUGCGAACUAGCAUCUGAAUGGGGCAUCGAUGGCUUCGUUCGAAUUGAGGCUGGCAUCGAAAUUAUCCAUUGCGACUUUGCGGACAGUUUAGAUCUGGUCAGCAUGAUGCGUACAGAGGUGACGGACCGUAUCAUGGGGAACUCCGGCUUGGCAACGUUCCAAUUUGUGAGGGCCAUUGGCGAGCGAUACGAUGGUGUCGGACCUAAUCGACUUCGGAUCGAUUUCUCGUCAAUGGUGUCCGGCCUCUUCUUUCCCAUCAACAUCUCCAGUACUGUCGUGGGGCGCCCAGAUCUGAAGAGGCUUGGUUCGGCGAAGCUGGAGGAGCUCAAAGAUGUCAAGUCGUACUUGGCCGACGUGUUGCGUCAACCUCGGAGGUUUAUCGUGGAUUGGCAAAGCGUUGCGGACCUUGUCAUCGCUCGUUACAGUAAGAGACUGGCACUUAUGGUGCACGAACCGUUGCAGUCGCACUAUUUCAUCGAUGAGGUCGAGGCUGCCACAUUGACCUGGUACGACGCUCCGCCAUCACCAGAUGACAAGUCCGUGGUAGAUCAAAGAGAGGUUAACAGGACUGCCGAUGCUAUUGAGCAAUGUCGGGUACACUACCUCCGGCCAGCCCUCAAAGCCAGGCAACAAUGGAGUUUCGAAGAUGAGUUGGUCUACACAUCUCUCGGCACGGUAUUGGGCACGAUCUGUCAAACAUUUUUCUCGGUCCGCAAUGCCUUGCUCGAAGCGUCUGGCUCGGAUUUGAACGAUUAUAGGGUCAGAUUUGACAACGAGAAUGAUGGUGAAAUGGAAAAGGCGAUCAGUAAUGGCCGAGCAGUGAUUCGGGCGCUGAUGACGGAUCUCGGUUGGUCGACCUGGAAGAAGCCACAGCCCUGUCAACCGGACGAGGUCAACACGAUUGCUAUGUGGCCGUUUGGAACUAAAGAAGACCAUUGGCACCCCGGAUGCCGUUCAAUCGAGACAGUACAACAGCCUGGUGAUAGUUACUGGCGGAACCGCAGACCUCGCAGGGUAUAA